AUGGCGCUCCCAUGCUGCUCCGAGUGUGCCUGGUUGUCCUUCUGGUGGCGCUGGUGGCGGGUCAGUCCACCUUCCAGAGACAGCGCGAGUCCAUCAGAAAAACGCAGCGGAAUUUCCGGAGACGGCCGCCGACAACCACGGCAAGGACCCACAACAACGACAACCACCACUACGACGACGAGAGCCGCCACCACCACAACCAAAUCGUCAUCGACGGGCACGCUUCUGGAGCCACCCGAGCCGGUCAAGUGCGCUAGCCGCCCCAGAAAUUGGUCGUUGGACGGCCACUGGUACUUCUACUCGGCGGACGUCCCGGAGUACCAGGAAGUGGACGAGACCACCAACGAGACGGUGGGCAAGCGGUACAACUGGCUGGAUGCGCGCAACCUCUGCCGCCGCCACUGCAUGGACAGCGUCAGCAUUGAGACGGAGCGCGAGUGGAAGAUGGUCAAGCGGAACAUCUCCGAGCGAGGGAUCAUCUAUCUCUGGACAUCGGGUCGUCUUUGCGACUUCAAGGGGUGUGAGUCCCGCGAAGACCUGAAGCCCCUCAACAUCAACGGCUGGUUCUGGUCAGGAACCAACGUCAAAAUGUCAGCCACCGAUAAAAAGCCGACAGGCUGGUCGGAGCAGCCGUGGUCGCCCACCGGUCACCUGAAGAAACCCCAGCCGGACAACGCCGAGUUUGGCAUCAACCAGACCGCAGAGCCGUGUCUUGGCCUGCUCAACGGCAUCUACGACGACGGCAUCAAGUGGCACGACAUCGCCUGCUACCACACCAAGCCCGUCUUCUGCGAGGAUAACCCGGACCUGCUUAACUACGCGCGCGCCGUCAACACGCGCGACAAGCUCGGCCUGGUUAUCGAGUAGCGACAUCUGACGUGCAGAAGCGGCAUUAUAAGUUAGAACGGCCGUUGGCAGGGCGCCGCGCCCACGCAGUCGGGCCGAAAAGGAAAGGGCCAGCCCGCUGACACACAUGGCGCUGCGGCUUGUAAGGUGGCUGAGGUCCGCCCGAGAAAGAAGCGCGCGAUAAAAAGAAGAGCGUAUGUCGAAAGCGUCUCGCGGCAAUGGACAGGUUGACGCGGUGUUUUGCUCGUGGUUGGAGACGGCCCAAGUCUAGCCCAUUGUUCUUGUAGCCUUUGUGGUGUACGCCUCACUCCGGCUUUUUGUUUCGACGUGUCAGAACGGCUAACGCAGGUGACGCGCAUUUGUCUGUUACGUCAGAUUUCGCGGUCAUUGUGUUUGUGCAGGUUUCGAAAGAAGAUGCCGGUGUUUGUGCGGUUUGCAAGCUUCGUCGUAAAUACACUGUGUGAAAGUGA